CACGUGGGGCAGCGGAGGCCCGUCCCGCCGCAGCCGGAGCCGCCGCCAUGCCGCUGCCGCUGCCGCUGCCGCUGCCCGGCCGCCCCCGCCCCGGGCAGCCUCUGCUCCAGGCGCUGCUUCUGCUCCUGCUGCUGCUGGGCCCGGCGCGGCCCAUCUCCUUCCAGCUGCCGGGCAAGGCGCGGAAGUGCCUGCGGGAGGAGAUCCACCGCGACACGCUGGUCACCGGCGAGUACGAGAUCAGCGCCCCCCCGGGCUCCUCCACCGGACCCUCCGCCAACCUCAAGAUAACUGACUCAGCUGGGCACAUCCUGUAUGCCAAGGAAGAUGCCACUAAGGGCAAGUUUGCCUUCACCACUGAAGACUACGACAUGUUUGAGGCGUGCUUUGAGAGCAAGCUUCCUGUGGGAACAGGGAGGAUGCCGGACCAGCUCGUGGUUCUGGAUAUGAAGCAUGGAGUUGAAGCAAAGAACUACGAGGAGAUUGCAAAAGUGGAGAAAUUGAAGCCUCUGGAAGUAGAAUUGAGGCGUCUGGAAGAUCUUUCAGAGUCCAUCGUUAAUGACUUUGCCUAUAUGAAGAAACGAGAAGAGGAGAUGAGGGACACAAAUGAGUCGACAAACACCCGAGUUCUAUACUUCAGUAUUUUCUCCAUGUGCUGUCUCAUCGGACUGGCCACCUGGCAGGUUUUCUACCUGCGUCGUUUCUUCAAGGCCAAGAAACUGAUUGAGUAAAGGAGCAAGUCCUCCUCCCCCUCCUCUCAGCCCCAGCUGGACACCGCUGGGACCCAGCCAUGGCCCCUUGGAGCCAUCUCACAGAUGACACCCACUGACUGGAGCUUUUCUGCUGAUACUUGGACCCUAAAGGGGGAGGGGAGCCUAAACAUUGGAGGCAACGGGGGACUUGUGAAAUCCUGUUGGAUGUUGAGGGUGGGGGAGGUUUUCAUAGGUUUGGCAAUUCCUGGGGCAGAGAUUAAAUAAAAAAAUUGUUUCCAUGACAGCUGCAGCAAGUUUUUGCGCUGUCUGUUCUCCUUUUAAUAAUAUUGGCUUGAUUAUGUCUCCCAUCUGUGACUGUAGUGUUACUCUGAGCCACUUGACCCUGCUGAGCUGUCGAGGUGCCGUGCAGCUGGCACCAGGGCAGAGUGGGGCUUUCUUGUUCUGACCAGCUGGGAUCUAAGCCUUGUGCAAACAGGCCUGAGUGCAAAACAAUAGGAUUCAUCAUUCUAGCAGGGCCUGAGGAUAGAGGGAAGUCCAAGGAUUGGUCCCUGUUGUGGACCUCUGUUUUUCUCCCUGUGGGAGCCAGUGUCUUUGUGCUGACAGGUGAGGGCACUUGAGCAUACGGUGAUUCAGCCUGGAGAAAGGGGAGCCUUGGAAGGAGGGCUUCGGAAUGUGUUUGAGCUGAAGGGAGAACCCUGCUUUGAUCAAAUAAGCUGUCCAGCCUUGGUCUUGCCCUUGCUCCAUGUGUUUGUCUUGGAUUUGCCUCUCUUGUUCAAAAUGAUUCAGCAGUUUUCCUGAAAACCUUGGUCAGGGUUGGCCUUUUGCAGACAGGAUGCCUCAGUCAGAUACAGGCAGAACAAGCAGGAGCAGGUUAUGCUUGAAAACUUAGUCUUACAUUGAGCCGGAGACUUUUCUCAUCUAAUAGUGUAGCGUUUAUCCAGCAGGCAGCUGGCUGAAUCUCAUUUUUUUGAGACCUCAAAGCAAGGUGGGCUGCUGCUCCUGUGAAGCAUGAGGACUUGUGUCCUGAUUUGAGGUCUGAGGGUGCAAGGGGUGCUUUGCAACUUGGCAGAGGGGUUGUUGGAAGAAUGUGGAUGAACUCAAAAGCGCAGUACAGGGUAGAAACACGAAAAUGCUGUUGGAGGGGAGUUGGUGUCUGAACAGUGCUCUCAACAGAAUUGUUACUCUGUGUGGUAGUACAGAGAGGCCAUCCAAAUGGCAUGAUGUUAAAUAAGCCAAGCUAGGAAAAAAAAACAAAACACAACAACCGGCAGGUUAACUUCCUGGACUUACCUGAUGCAGUUUUUAGGCAGUGAUUAAAAUUAUUUCACCUUCUCUGCAUUUCUUUGAAACAAGUGGUUCAGCAGCACAGCAUUCUGGUGUUACGUGCCUAGACACUACUGGCCAGGGAAAGGGUUGUCAUGGCCCUGGGCCUAGCCUACCAUUUUGAAAAAGCAUGGUUUUAUAAUUUCUGACUGUAUUCUGAUCUAUUGCUGGGAAGGAAACAGUUGUCCAGGGUGAGGCAAUGGGAAAGAGGAUGAAAACAUGACUGCCUGUCAUCUAAAUACACUGGUACUUUGCCUCCCCUUUGCCAUUGCCAAGUUCCUGGAGUUGUUAGUUCCACUGGAAAGUGCAUAGAUUGCUUUUAAUUAGUUUCUUUUUUGAUAAAGCCAUAUUAAGAACCCAAGUCCACUCCUCUGCCCUUGCAUCCAUUUUAUCCUUGUAUGGUUUUGAAAGCUGUUACAUUGCAGAGCAGCAGCGAUGCCACAGGGCUGAAUUACGGAAGUCAUUUGACGGUGGUUUUGUGUCCUACAGUUUGAAGCCUAUAGAUCUGUUAAGGUUUUGCUUUUGUUUUUAUAUAACUUGGAAAGACAAUACAAGAAAGGGGCUUUUCCAAUCUUGUCUGUUUUGAUAUCCUCUCCCCAUCCUUAUCAAAGUUAUCUUUGUCUAAAAAAUGGUGGUGAGGCCUUAAGUUCCCCAGAUGACUGUUACGCUGUCAUUGUUCUGGUGUUGCAUUUUGAUCUCCACUGUACUUGUAUGGUUACUCGGGAACAGGUUGGGGGGACUGGUGUGGAUUUACCUGUAAUGACUGAUUGGGGGAUUAUUUUGUCAGUUUUCUCAAAUAAAAUUUCUUCGGGGAAAAACAA